UAAACAUAAAGAAGGAGAAGUAGAGAAAAGCGAGGAGUGCAAGGUGGCAAACGACGUUGAGAAAAAGCCAAAACCGAACAGCAACAGAGCAGCGCUUUUUAUUCCUUACUGCAAACCAAACCAUGAAGAAGACGAAGAACCCCACACUCCGAGAGAGAAGAGGACCAAUGCAGCAGAAGCGUCGGACGGUUCCACUGGGCAUGCUCAGAAGGUUUCUCGCCGCCUCAAUAUUCUCCAUAGUUCUCACUUCUUUCUUCUUUGUUCACGUUCACGUUUCUCCUUCGCCCACUCAUCACAACUUCAGUGACAAGAUCCCCUCGUUUUAUGACCCGCAAAGCUGGACUCGAGAACUCGUUCCGCCCUAUCUAUUCAAGACUCCGCUCUCUGUUCCCAAGUUGAAGGGUUCAAGAAAGGAGUCAGACUACGAGAAAUUGUGGAAACCUCCACCAAAUCAUGGGUUUAUACCCUGCACGAAGCCUACUCCUAAUUACACAACUCCGACAAGGUCACGGGGUUACCUUUCAGUUCAUACAAAUGGAGGGCUAAACCAAAUGCGUUCUGGGAUAUGUGAUAUGGUAGCCAUAGCUCGUAUCAUAAAUGCUACUCUUGUGAUUCCAGAACUUGAUAAAAAAUCAUUUUGGCAUGAUACUAGCAAUUUCUCUGAUAUCUUCGAUGAUGAGUGGUUUAUUAGUUCUCUAGCUAAUGAUAUAAAGAUCAUUAAGAAGCUUCCGAAGGAACUGGUUAAAGCAACCAAAAUCGUCAUGCAAUUCAAAAGUUGGUCUGGUAUGGAUUACUAUGAGAAUGAGAUUGCUGCCUUGUGGGAUAGUUUCAAUAUAAUUCGAGCUUCAAAAUCUGAUUCUCGGUUAGCAAAUAACAAUCUACCUCCAGAUAUUCAGAAGCUUCGCUGCCGUGCUUGUUAUGAAGCUCUUCGUUUCUCUCCUCGUAUUGAAAAAAUGGGAAAAACAUUAGUGGAGAGGAUGAGGUCAUUCGGUCCCUAUAUUGCAUUGCAUUUACGUUAUGAGAAGGACAUGCUUGCAUUUAGUGGGUGCACACAUGAAUUAUCUAAAGUUGAAUCUCAAGAGCUACGGUUUAUCAGAGAGAAUACUACUUAUUGGAAAAGAAAAUACAUUAAUCCCAUAGAAGAGAGGUCCAAAGGGUUUUGCCCCUUAACUCCAAAGGAAGUUGGAAUUUUUCUCACUGCUCUUGGAUACCCAUCAAAGACUCCAAUUUAUAUUGCCGCUGGGGAGAUAUAUGGGGGUGAGUUCCAUAUGGCUGACCUGCGAUCCCGCUAUCCACUGUUAAUGAGCAAGGAAAAGUUGGUAUCCAUGGAGGAGCUUGAACCCUUUUCUAGUCAUGGGUCUCAAAUGGCUGCUCUGGACUAUAUUGUAUCAGUUGAAAGUGAUGUGUUUGUACAUUCUUACCCUGGAAACAUGGCGAAGGCCGUUGAAGGGCAUCGUCGAUUUCUCGGGAGAGGAAGAACAAUAUCUCCUGACAGGAAAGCGCUUGUUCGUUUAUUUGAUAAACUGAAAAAUGGAUCAAUGACCGAGGGGAAAACACUGUCUAAUAAAAUUAUCGAUCUCCACAGAAGACGGCUUGGCUUCUUCAGAAAGAGAAAAGGACCCGUUUCUGGAACAAAGGGCUCGGACAGGUUUCGUUCAGAAGAAACAUUUUAUGCAAACCCUUUACCAGGUUGUUUAUGUCGGACAGAAUCACUCUCUGUAAACGCUUCUCGGUAUAGGUAGGCUAGAUAAAGCAAAAUAUUUUUUCCUUUAAUGGAUCCAUAUGGCUUAAAGGAUGUGUUGUACAUAUUGAAAAAAAAUAUUACAACAAUAGAAAAGAAAAGGAAG